AUGGCUCUCGCCCAAGCAUUGUCGUCGCCGGCGCGAUUUCUCCUCGCCGGCGCCGCUGCCCUGCUCCCUCUCGUCAUUGCCGUCAUCCUACUGCUGAAACGCAACUACUUGCGGCCGGCAGAGACAUGUCGUGGUCACCGGCAGCGGCUCCCUCCUUCGCCUCCGAGGUUGCCCAUCAUCGGCCACCUCCACCUCGUCGGCUUCCUCCCCCACAUCAACCUCCGACACCUCGCCGUCAAGUACGGCGCCCGCGACUACAUGCUCGUCCACUUCGGCUCCAUGCCCACCCUCGUCGUCUCCUCGCCGCGCGCCGCCGAGGCUGUCCUCCGCACGCACGACCACGCCUUCGCCUCGCGCCCGCCGUACCCGGUCACCGACGCGCUCUUCGCCGGCACUCCGGACAUCGCCAUGGCCGUCUACGGCGAGCAGUGGCGCCAGGCCAGGAAGCUGCUCACCACGCACAUGCUCACCGUCAAGAAGGUGCAGGCCUACCGCCCCGGCCGCGAGGAGGAGGUGCGCACGGCCAUGGCCAGGCUCCGGUGGGCGGCCACGGCGAACGACACCGUGGUGGACAUGAGCGACCUGCUCUACUCCUUCACCACCGGCCUCAUGUACCGCGCCGUCUCCGGCGAGUCCGACGACGGCCGGAACAGGCACAUCCGGGAGCUGCUCGACGCGACGGUCAAGCUCGUCGGAGGGUUCUACCCGGAGAGCUUCUUCCCGUGGCUAGGCCACGUCGGCGCGGUCAGGCGGGCGACAUACGCAAGAGCAGAGAAGGUGAAGAGGAGAUGGAACGAGCUGUUCGACGCCAUGAUCGACGACGCCGGCAAGCCUACACCGGCGAAGCAACGUCAGCCUGAAGGAUUCAUACGACAACUUCUCUCCCAUCAACGCGACCAUGGCCUCCCCAGAGAACACAUCAAGGGCAUGCUCAUAAACGUGUUUUUCGGAGGAACGGACACGUCAUACAUGGUGCUGGAAUUCAUGGUGGCUGAGCUGAUUAGGAACCCUAAUGCCAUGCACAAGCUACAAGCCGAGCUGAGGAGCAGAGUGCCUGGCAAGAGGGAGGUUGUCACUGAAGAUGAUCUCACUGACAUGACCUAUCUCAGGGCGGUCAUUAAGGAGACACUUCGACUGCACCCUCCAGCGCCGCUCCUUGAACCUCACCUCUCAAUGGACAGGCUGCAGAUUGACGGUUACACGAUUCCCGCCAACAUAUCGGUCAUCGUCAAUGCGUGGGCUAUUGGUAGGGAUGAAACCGUUUGGGAGGAUGCCGAGGAAUUCAAGCCAGAGAGGUUUAUUGGCUCGGAGGUCACUUUUAAGGGUAACGACUUUGAGCUGUUGCCAUUUAGUGCUGGAAGAAGAAUAUGUCCUGGGGUGAAUUUCUCGAUGGCCACCCUCGAGAUUAUGGUUGCCAACCUCAUGUACCAUUUCGACUGGAAGUUGCCGGAGGGAAUGGAGGCAAAUGGGAUCGAUAUGACAGAGGUGUUUUCGUCGACGCUGCAUCGCAAGGAAAAGCUCCUGCUAGUCCCAAAACACGUCCUAAUUAAUAAUAUAAUUGGGUGUGAUAACUAG